UCGCGUCGUCGCUGAGAAACAAGCGCGCGCGCGCAGCUCUUCCUGCUCCACAACCAGAACUUCUUCUCCCGCAUCCUGCACGAGGAGCGACCCGAGGAGCUCGCGCACCGACCGCUAUGUGCUCAAAACUCGAACGUUAAACGCACGCGACAAAUCUAAGCGUUUCUACUUCUUCUUCUUCUUCUUCUGUUGUUUCUUUAGAAAGAUGUGAGUGAGCGCGCGCACGAAACGGAAAAGCUAUAUAUAUUUAUGUUUUUUUUUCUUUAGCAUUGUGACAGAUUGAGUGAAGAAGCUAAGCGACCGCCUCCGUGUACUUCACGCACAUCUUGCUAGUGCCACGAAUACCGUACAUACCGCGCUAACAGUUGUUUCGAGAACGACAACAUUCUGUUGGGUUGUUUUGUUUUGUUUUUGCGAUAUAAGUUGUUUGUAUUUACGAACAGAAGAGAACCGUCUCCACUUCAAGACGCGAGAGAAAUCCCCUCAGCUCCCGGUGAUAUUUUCUUUUUUUUUACAUCUUCAGCUCUCCACACAAGUUCAGGCUCUAAGACUGGGAAGAUGUUGAUGAAGGAGUACCGGAUAUGUAUGCCUCUGACUGUGGAAGAGUACAGGAUUGGGCAGUUGUAUAUGAUCAGUAAGCACAGCAAUGAGCAGAGCGAACGAGGAGAAGGAGUGGAGGUGGUGCAGAACGAGCCCUUCGACGACCCCACACAUGGCCACGGCCAGUUCACAGAGAAACGUGUCUACCUCAACAGCAAACUGCCCAGCUGGGCGAGAGCAGUGGUGCCCAGAAUCUUCUAUGUGACAGAGAAGGCUUGGAACUAUUAUCCUUACACCAUCACAGAAUACACAUGUUCGUUUUUACCGAAGUUCUCCAUCCACAUAGAAACCAAGUAUGAGGACAACAAAGGAAGCAAUGACAACAUAUUCGAAAAUGAGCUGAAGGACCAGGAGCGAGAAGUGUGUUUCAUAGAUAUCGCUUAUGAUGAGAUUCCAGAGCGCUACUACAAGGAGACAGAGGAUCUGCGCUACUUCAAAUCAGAGAAGACAUCUCGCGGCAUGCUGCAGGAAGGCUGGCGGGACACACAGACUCCCGUCAUGUGCUCCUACAAACUCGUCACCGUAAAGUUUGAGGUGUGGGGCCUCCAGACACGCGUCGAGCAGUUUGUACACAAGGUGGUGCGGGACGUGCUGUUGUUGGGUCAUAGACAGGCCUUUGCCUGGGUGGAUGAGUGGAUCGACAUGACAAUGGAUGAGGUGAGAGAGUUUGAGCGCAGGAUCCAGGAGGCCACCAACCAGAAAAUCGGCAUGUUCCCUCCGUCCAUUUCCAUUGGCGAGAUGCCGCUCUCAUCUCUGGCUCUCAGCGGCCCGGCUAGUGCUCCGUCCACCCCGCUCUACACUGACGCCCCCGAGUUCCUCUCCGUUCCCAAGGAGCGACCUCGCAAGAAAUCCGCCCCCGAGACGCUCACUCUGCCCGAACCCGGCCAGUCUGUGCCCGUCCCAGCCCCUAACCACGCCUCUCUCAGCCCUGCAACCAGCCAGACAGAGUAAUUGGGUCUGUGCCACGCCUCCUUGUGACUUCUUCCUUCAGUCAGGAUUUUGUAAACACGAUUCACUCACUUGGCUCCUUCCACGUGCAAAUUUUUAAAAGACUCCAGUUUCUGACCAUGUAAAUGGGCUUCCUCGCUUCAAGGUAGCCUCUGACUUAACUGUUUAUAUUUUCUCAUAUUUGGAUACAGAAAUAUUCAAUAUCUACAUUCAGUUAUUGUGAUGUUUUGCUUUUUUUUUGGUCAUAAGUUUAAAAAAAAAAUAUAUAUAUAUAUACAGUAUAUAUAAAACAGACCAUAAAGUCUACAUAUGAAGGCUUGUGGUAAAGUACUUAUUAUUUUUUUAUUUUACCCAUCAUUUUCUCAUAAAAUUAUUGAAUAUGAUUAGGUGAUUAUUGCCUUAGCAACGACAAGCAGUUAUCCCUGAUCAGGAUCAUGAAUUAACACGAGGUGUCAUUUCAGAGUAAAAGUUAUGUAGUAGUUAUGUAGUAAAACAGUAAUGUAAAGAUUGACACACCCCUUCCUUUUCUAUCUAUAAAUACAUUCUAAGUUAAAGGAAUGAAGAAAGGAGCUAUGAAAAAAAUAAUUAAACAAUGAACUUUAAAAAAAAAAAUGUCAAUACUCUACAUUAUACUGUAUUUAAAUUAGUUUUUCAGGAAUACAGUUAUUAGAUUGGAUUGGAAUAAUUUUUUAAAUUAUGAGCUGCAUCUUUGAACAAAAGGCACCUCAGAACAUCGACAGGAAAUAAAUAACUCUCAGUGAUCCAAAAGUCUGAGACCGCUAAUUAUAAUUCUGGUACAGUAUUUUGCAUUAGUUUAAAAUUUUAUGGCAAUUUUAUUGCAUUAAAAAGUUGAAUGAUCUGCAACAACUUGAGUAAAAAAGUAAAGUAGAAAAGUUAGAAGUUCAGAAUUUCUCGUUAUUUGAUAUGUUGCUUUAAUGGCAGUGUGUGUUCCUAAUAUGGACUUAACUUAGCGUGAUUUCAGACUUCUGGACUCUUGUUUUUAUUUUGUCUCUUUUUUUUUUUUUUUUAUUUGAGAGGAGCCCCCCUCCCUCAUUUCCAUUUAGCUAUAUUCACACGCAUGCAUAUCCACCUAAUCAGAACGCCUCUCAGGUCUUCAUUGGUGCCAGCCUUUCCAAAGCCACGGCAGGAAAAAAUACAACGUCCUCUCUCAGAUAAUUCAAUAACAGCCAUCCAGGAUUCCAGGGUUUUGUCCUUACAUGCCAGAUUUGUCUUAAUAGAUGUGUUACAUCUACUUUACACAAGUUUUCUGCAUAUAAUAAAAUGGGGCGCAAAAAGAAAAAAAGUGUGGAAGCAGCUUAUGACAAUCUGACCAUCAACCACAGCAAGAGGGUAAGGGAUGCUCAUAGAGUGUGGGGUAGAAAAAUCUAGCAGUGAAAAUGUUAGAAUUAAUACAUGAAUGCCGCACAUAAUUUAUUUUAUUUUUUUUUUGGGGGGGGG